UUAAACGUCUGACAUGUUUUUAAUUUGACAUCAGUGGGCCGCAGUGCUUAAUGCAGCUGAACAGGUGGGCCUCACGGAAAAAAAAAAGUUUGGGAACCCGUGCCUACGUCACUGAGAAAAUAGCGCGUGCAGUAAGUUUUAAGACAGACGUUUUAUGCGGUGCUUCAUGGUUAUUUUAAACUACAUCGAAAUGCAUAAAUAGAAUCAUUGGUUAACGGAAUCAAGCGCAUAGUAAAUCACAAUUGAAAUGAUCACAGUUGAAAUCGAUAUACAAGCACGAUAAUAAUAUAAUAAUAUUAAUACCUGUUAUUUAACAUAUCAAAUAAUUUGGGUCUUGUUAGCUACUAUUGAGUAAGCUGAUCCUUCAGUUUUAAGAUGCAGGAUUGUUUUACACUUGAUGAAUCAUUUUCAGCAGCGGUGUGGAGUAGUGUUUAGGGCUCUGGACUCUUGACCCGAGGGUCGUGGGUUCAAUCCCUGGUAAGGGACACUGCUGCUGUACCCUUGAGCAAGGUACUUUACCUAGAUUGCUGCAGUAAAAACCCAACUGUAUAAAUGGGUAAUUGUAUGUAAAAAAAUAAUGUGAUAUCUUGUAACAAUUGUAAGUCGCCCUGGAUAAGGGCGUCUGCUAAGAAAUAAAAAUAAUAAUAAUUUUGAAGUGAGUAAGUCUUAGUCUUGGGGUUGAAAGCAUGGUAUUUUUGCACAUGUUCUCCCGUCAUCUUCAGUCAGAUUCUCAUUUGUAUCUUUUAGAGCGGUUUCUUUUUAAAGUAAGGUGAUUUGUACUGUCAAGAAACUCUUUUUGGAUAAUAUUGCAAGGUGAAUUUCUUGAGUUUGAAAGCGCAGAAACGUGGGUGACGGAUUAUAUCAAUUUGUUGCACUUCUAAUUAAUAAACCCAAACAAAACUACCGUCCCUGACCUCCAGAUAACACUAAACAAAAUUGUUACUAGUUGUCGUGACCCGGUGAAAGAGAACUAGACAGAAACAAAAAAAAAACUACCUUCAGCCUAUGGGACUAAGGUGGGAGGGGUUGAGCUGUCUGCUGUCUGUAACAGUUGUAUUUAAGCGAGGAGUGGAGGUAAAAUUACAGGACAUACAGGUAGCAAGCGCUGUCUUGAGCUUCUGCGAAGUUUAAUUUUUUUUAUAACUUCAGAUUUUGGGCGCUUCUUUUGAGGCAAUAAAACAAAUCGCAAUGGAAACGUCUCAGGACGAGAAAUUUAGCAGCCGGCACCCCGAAAUCGUGAACUGCAGUAAGGACACUGCCAGCAGGAAUCCCCAGGACCGAGCAGAGGAGGAGGAGGAGGAGGAGGAAGAGGGGGGCUCCGGAAGACUGGACCUCAAUCAGAAGCCACCCUACUCGUACGUAGCGCUGAUCGCUAUGGCUGUCAGGGAGAGCCCAGAGAAAAAACUCACCCUCAACGGGAUAUAUCAGUUCAUCAUAAACAGAUUUCCAUAUUACGAGAAAAACAAGAAGGGCUGGCAGAACAGCAUCAGACACAACCUGAGCCUCAACGAGUGCUUCGUUAAGGUUCCCAGAGAAGGCGGCGGAGAGAGGAAAGGUAACUUCUGGACCCUCGACUCUGCCUUUGACGAUAUGUUCGAUAAAGGGAAUUACCGGAGACGCAGGCGAGUAAAAAGACCAUACCGACCCCCAUCAGCUCCAUACGGGAAACCCUGCUUGAAUUAUUCCGAUCCGUACUACCUGCAUCCUAACUCCAAGUACUUGCAGACUUCUUUUGUCAGUAACUCUUGGUCGGUGGGACAGUCUAGCCCGUUUGGGCAAGCGACCACGUCGUUGAGUUACCAGCAGUGCCAAGCCAGCAGCGGCAAUGCCAGCCCCGUAUCUAUGAACGGAUAUGCCAGCCCCGUAUCUAUGAACGGAUAUGCCAGCCCCCUUCACCAAUCCUAUAACCCCUAUCACCGACACUUGGUUUCUGCGAUGGGAAAUCACUAUCCCGGUAUGACCCAGCAAAUCAGCCCGGGGGGGACGUCAGCGACUGCCAGUACCUACCAGUUACCUGGUGCCAGACAACCUGAAAUGCCUGUUGUGCAUUAUUAUUGGGAUUAGGAGGAAAGCGUUGAACUGUGAUUAACCGAAAGGACAGGUGCUGUUCGGUAUUAAUACAGACUGUGGUAACGUGUCAAACAAAAUCAUCUGUGUUAACGUUAUUUUAAAAGAAAUUUAAACACUGUCGUUUGUUUUAUUUUAAAAGACUGGAUAAUCUUGGAGUAACCCGGCCCUGGAUCCGCCGAGUUUAUUUUUUCUAGUGUUGAUUGACUUGUUGUCCAGAUUUGAAUUGCAUUGAAUCGUUUUUUUUUUUACUAUGUUGAACAUGUUCAUUUUAAUGUUUAAGAUCACAAUUGUUUUUUGCUUGACUUGAAUGUACAAAAAAACUGUUUUCAGCCGUUUCAACAAAAAUAAAAUCGUUACAUGUAAAUGCAUUUUCGCAUUGAAGGUUAACUUAAAUUUAUGUGCAUAGCACUUAUUUUUAUAUUAAGGUAUUUCUGUUUUAAUAAAUGCUUGUUAAGACAA